AGUCAGGCGCUCAGCGGACAGUCCGCGAGGCCGGCGGCGCCCGCGGGCGGGGCCGAGGGGUCCUCUGUGGCAGAAACUGCCUCUUGGUUCUGCGAGGGUUGUCACUCGGGCGAACCUUGCUGAGAGCCGCGACCCAGCCCGACGUGGACUGAGAUUUUCAGAAUGACUUCCAUCUUGACUUACACUUUUAAAAACCUUUCUGCCACAUCAAAAUGGGCCCUGAGAUCAUCUGUAAGACAUCUGAGCUGUUCCUCCCAGCUACAAGCUGCCCCAGCUGCUCAGACCAAAUCAAAGAAGACCUUAGCCAAACCUAAUCUAAGGAAUAUCGUGGUAGUGGAUGGUGUCCGCAUUCCAUUUUUGCUGUCAGGAACCUCGUAUAAAGACCUAAUGCCACAUGAUUUGGCUAGAGCUGCACUUUCGGGUUUGUUGCACCGGACAAAUGUGCCAAAGGAUGUUGUUGAUUAUAUCAUCUUUGGUACAGUUAUUCAGGAAGUGAAAACAAGCAAUGUAGCUAGAGAGGCUGCUCUCGGAGCUGGCUUCUCUGACAAGACUCCUGCCCAUACUGUCACCAUGGCUUGUAUCUCUUCUAACCAAGCUAUGACCACAGCUGUUGGCCUGAUUGCUUCUGGCCAGUGUGAUGUGGUCGUGGCAGGUGGUGUUGAGUUAAUGUCUGAUGUUCCUAUUCGUCAUUCGAGGCAAAUGAGGAAAAUGAUGCUUGAUCUCAAUAAAGCCAAGACUCUGGGUCAGCGACUGUCUUUACUCUCUAAAUUCAGAUUGAAUUUUCUGUCACCUGAGCUCCCUGCAGUGGCUGAGUUCUCUACCAGUGAGACCAUGGGCCAUUCUGCAGACCGACUGGCUGCUGCCUUUGCUGUUUCUCGACUGGAACAGGACGAAUAUGCACUGCGUUCUCACAAUCUGGCCAAGAAGGCACAGGAGGAAGGACUCCUUUCUGAUGUUGUGCCCUUCAAAGUACCAGGAAAGGAUACAGUUAGCAAAGAUAACGGCAUUCGUCCUUCUUCUCUGGAGCAGAUGGCCAAACUAAAACCUGCGUUCAUCAAGCCCCAUGGCACAGUAACAGCUGCAAAUUCUUCUUUCCUGACUGAUGGUGCUUCUGCAAUGUUGAUUAUGGCAGAGGACAAAGCUCUGGCCAUGGGGUAUAAGCCAAAGGCAUAUUUGAGGGAUUUUAUAUAUGUGUCCCAGGACCCAAAAGAUCAGCUCUUACUUGGACCAACAUAUGCUACUCCAAAAGUUCUAGAAAAGGCAGGAUUAACCAUGAGUGAUAUUGAUGCUUUUGAAUUUCAUGAAGCUUUCUCAGGUCAAAUUUUGGCCAACUUUAAAGCUAUGGAUUCUGAUUGGUUUGCACAAAACUACAUGGGUAGAAAAACUAAGGUUGGAUCACCUCCUCUGGAGAAAUUUAAUAUGUGGGGUGGAUCGCUGUCUCUGGGACACCCUUUUGGAGCCACCGGCUGCCGGUUGGUCAUGGCAGCUGCCAACAGAUUGCGGAAGGAUGGAGGCCAGUAUGCAUUAGUGGCUGCCUGUGCAGCUGGAGGGCAGGGCCAUGCUAUGAUAGUGGAAACUUAUCCAAAAUGAUUGCUCAAGAGGAAGUGACCUGAUUUCUGUGCAACACUCACAGUGGGCAGUGCCAUUUCAAUGCAUUAUCAAGUGACACCUGUAGUUUUUAUUCCUCUUAGGAAACCAACAUUUGUGGCCUUCUGUUAAAUACAUUGCAAUUACAUCUUGGCAGUGUUCUGAGCUUUUCAGUAAUCACAGCUUAUGUGCUCUUUCAGGGAUUUCUAAGUUACCAGACUAUCAUAUAGAUAUGUGUAGACAGUUGUUUCUGAUCUCUCUUGUCAUUGAAGACUAACUGAGUAGUUGCAGUUUACAAAGAGAUUAGCUGGGAUUUGAAAUCAUCUUUGUAACAUUUGUAAUCUAUACUUUUUCCUACCUGUGUUCUAAAGAUAAUUAUUUUCUCUAAAAUACAAACCAGUGUGCCUGAAUUAACUAAUUAUGGGAAAAUUACUUAAAAUCUAAACAUCACUGAAAACUUAAAUGUUAAGGUACAUAAAUACCAUAUUUGUCAACCUUAAUAAAGUAGAGAAGUAUUGGA